AUGGUCACCAAAGGAGGAGUAGCCGAGGCUUAUCCCCGGGAAAAACUUGGUGUAAGCAAGAGCAGCCGGCGCCAAACAUGGUGGAAACUUGGUGGCAGGGACGUUAGCCAUAUCUCUGUCAACGAUGGAUAUGUCGACUCAGACGCGUAUUCCUUUGACGAGGGCGGUAACGACGCUGUUGUCAAAAAUGCCAACAACGUCUUCGACGCACCCGAAGCCUCACUUUACAAACCCGUGGAAGGCUUUGAAGGAACGCACCGAUUCGACCCGUCGGCAACAUGGACCCAGGCGGAAGAAAAGGCCCUCAUGAAAAAGCUUGACUGGCGGAUUGCACUUCCGGCCUGUAUCAUGUUCUUCGCACUUCAACUCGAUCGUGGCAACAUCGUCCAAGCACUCUCGGAUAACAUGCUCAGUGAGAGGUCCAACACCCCAUCUUUGAGUGACCGUUCUAACGUCUUCACAAAGGACCUGGGACUAACCACCGACCACUACAACAACGGCCAAACCUUCUUCUUCUACAGCUUCCUGUUCGCCGAGCUGCCCUCUCAGCUAAUCAGCAAGAAGCUUGGCCCAGACACAUGGAUCCCCAUCCAGAUGGUAUCGUGGAGUAUCGUCGCAGCAUCGCAGGCAGCAUUAUCAGGGGAAACCAGCUUUUACGUUUGCCGUGCCCUUCUCGGCCUGAUCGAAGGCGGCUUCAUUCCCGACACGAUUCUGUAUCUCAGCUACUUCUACAAGAACUCGGAGCUACCUAGGCGCCUAAGUUGGUUCUGGACAUCCUAUCAAUCGACCCAAGUCGUUGGAGCAUUCCUGGCGUAUGGCAUUCUCCACUUGAGGGGACACAGCGGCUUGCACGAAGGCUGGCGGCGCCUUCACUGGCCUCAUCGGCAUUCUGACCUGGCUGUACCUACCAGCUUCCCCAACCCAAACGGCACGACACGGAAUCAAGGGCCUCCUCCGGCCGAAAAACGGCUGGUUCAACGAGCGCGAGGAGAUCAUCAUCGUGACUCGAAUUCUGCGGGACGACCCAGGCAAGGCGGCCAUGCACAACCGACAGGGCAUCAGCGGGCAGCUGUUCUGGGAGGCCAUCACCGACUACGACCUGUGGCCUCUCUACCUGAUCGGCCUGUCGUGGACCAUCCCAUCCACCCCGCCGCAAGCCUACAUCACACUGGCCUCAAAGCCCUUGGCUUCGACUCCUUCGAGACCAACCUUCUCACCAUCCCAGCAUACGUGCUCUUCAUCCUGCAGCUCCUCUUCUGGACCUGGGUCUCCGAGCGCAUCAACCAGCGCAUCCUACUCGGCGUGAUCGGCCAGAUCUGGUGCCUACCGCUGCUCGUCGCGCUCGUGGCACUGCUGUCCGUCUUCCACAACUCCAACUGGUCGAAGUGGGUCCUCUCGACCCUACUGGUUGGCUAUCCCUACGUCCACGCCAUCCUGGUGGCGCUGACGUCGCGCAAUUCCGGUACAGUGCGCACGCGGACGGUAGGCCCCUCGCUGUACAACAUGGCCGUCCAGACGUCCAACAUCGUCUCGUCGCAGAUCUAUCGCGCAGAUGAUAAGCCUUAUUACUACCACGGCAACAAGGUGCUGUUGGGGAUUGUGGCGUGGAAUAUCGUUGUGUUUGUCUUUGCUAAAGCCUACUAUGUCCGCAAGAACAACCAGCGUGACCGUAUUCGGGAUAGCAUGUCUCGGGAGGAGAGGGUUCAUUAUUUGGCGACGACUACCGAUCAGGGGAAUAAGAGAUUGGACUUCAGAUUUGCGUCUUGA